AUGUCGUCGCCGGCGAUGUGUCUCGCUCGCGCGCGACGGUCCCUCGUCGCGGCGAAGCGCGCGAGCUCCGGGUCCGCGCCGUGGAAUCAGCCCCGCGUCGCCGCCGCCCGCCGCUCGCCCGCCGCUCGCCCACACGGCGCGUCGUGCGCCGCGGUCCCUCGCAGCGACGGCGCCGGGUUGACGCCGCCCGCCGCCGAGACGUCGAGCUGCUUCGCGUGUCCCAUCUGCGCCGGGGCCAUGAUCCGCCGCGCGUCGUCCUCCUCGACGGGCGGCGGCGCCCUCGCGUGCGCGCUCGGGCACUCCUUCGACGUCGCCAAGGACGGGCACGUCAACCUGAUGGUGGGCCGGGGUUCGCGCGCCACGGGGGAUACCGCGGAGAUGCUCGCCGCGAGGAGGAGGUUCCUCAACGCGGGACACUACACGGACGCGUCGAACGUCGCCAACGCGCUCAUCGCGCGGGCGCUCGAUGACUUCUUGACCCGCGACACGGGGCAAGGGGAGGACGACCGGGAAGAUUCCAAGACGAUGGCGAUCCAGGGCGACGACGUCGCGAUCACCCCGCGCCGCCGGCGCAUCGCCGCGAACAAGCGCAGGUCCCGCGCCGCGCGCCCCGCACCCGCCGCCCCGCCCCCGCCCCUCGUCGUCGAUUUCGGCUGCGGCGAGGGAUGGUGGCUCUCGCGCGCGAUUGACGCGGCGACGGAGGCGGCGGAUGCCGGCAUUGCCCCCGGGAAGAUGAAAAAUAAAAAGAUUGUCUUCGCCGCGCUCGACGCUUCGCCCGCCGCGGCUCGGCUCGCGGCGCGCAUCCUACCCCCCGACGUCGCCGAGGUGGCCGUCGCGGACGCCACCGGCGCGGCGACGCCCCUGCCCCUCGCGGACGCGUCCGUCUCCGUCGCGUUGAGCGUCUUCGCCCCGCGCCGGCCGUCGGAGCUGUGGAGGGUGCUGAGACCGAGCGGCGUCGUCGUCGUCGUGUCUCCCGGGGACGAUCACCUCGCGGAGCUGAGGGAGCGGGGGACGCGUGAGGCGUUGGGGGUGUUGGACGUGGCCGGGAACAAGCGCGGUGCGGUGGCGGAGGCGUUCGUCUCGGUCGGGUUCGUCGCCGAGGCGGAGGAGCGAGUCGCGGGAUCGACGGCGCUGAGUCUCGCGAAUCUCAGGGACGUUGUCGGGAUGGGGCCGUCAGCGUUUCACGGGACGGAGGAGUCCGCGGCGGCGCUCGAGGCGUUCUUCGAGGCGCGCGCGAUCGCCGGGGAGUACGGCGAGCGAAGGGUGCGGGUGACGAAGUCCUUCGUCGUGCAGUGCUUCCGGAAGCCCCUCGAGCGAUGA